AUACCGCAACGCAUCGGCUUCAGUGCCGGCCAAGGGUUCCAAUCGACGUUCCUUCCAGGUUACAGCGAUGCUCCUGGGCUUCGAUCUCAUCUCCUUCUCUCCCUCAGCGUGGUGUCUUGCUUCUACAUCUUCCCAUCAGCAAUCGCAGGAGAAGAAGGCAAUGACACAAACGAAUUCACCCAACUGAAAUUGAAAAAAAUCUCUUGUCGAUACCUUCCUUACCCUCGUAUCUGUAUCUUGCAAUUUCGCGGCAUGCUGGAGACUCGCGAAAUGCUACCGUUCGCUACGGACGAAAUGCACGUUGGCCCACUGUCAACACCACAUACACAACUUCCAGAAGCCACGCAUCCAGACUCGUCAGGUACCUUGCCAUUGCAACUACAACUGCGGCAGCCAAGCCACAGCGUGGACGGCAUAUUAAGAAGGGCGGAAACCUCAAGAUUGCGUCCGCGAAAGCCAUCCGGCCUCCCCUCCGGCCUCUGCAGAUGA